AACAGCUUCUGAUCCAAACAACGCCUCGGACUCAUUUGAAAUUUCCUUCUCAGUCGUUUCUUGUCCAAGUACACGCUGAGAGGACAAGUUUGCUUAUGCCUUCCCCGUUCAAACUAGGCAAGGACGAACUUUGCUUUGAAUUAGGUACGGCAGGCAAGGGAGUCUUAUUCAAAGCAUGCAGGCUGGUUUGAAAUCCGCUGAAACCUCGAUCGUGAGCAAGAGGCUGGCAUGCUAACUUAAUAAUGUCAGCCUUCCAGGUAUAAAACCUUCACCCGAGGGUUGAAACGCUAGUGUUCAUCUUUCUUGCUCACUCCCAUCGUCCGCAUAUCCGCAUAUCCAGACGAUUUUACUUGCAUCUAUCUAUCAAUAUGUCUUCCGACAACUGUAACGCUCGACUAUCUUUGUGCUCCCCUUCCUGCUCUUCCGCGAUCUCCACGCUCACCUUCGUCCUUGAUGUCAUCAAGGCUGUGGCCUUGGUCUUCUUCUAUGUUGUUGUUAUCAUGGCUGGACUGGCCUUCGAUGUCUACCGCUGUCAGCUCGACCCUUCGACGGUCCAGUAUCCUGUUCUAUCUAUCCAUUCACAGAGGCCCCAGGAAGCGGAGAAAGUAGUCUGCCCCUCGAAUGCUGCUUCUUCAUCGUCCACAUGUACUUCAGCUUCAUCAGGCUUCCCUUCGUCCUCAUCGUCCCCGGCCAUUCUGGAAUCAUCUCUGUACAACCCUCGUCUGGUACCUGAGCCUCGGCUUCGCUGGAGCAUUAGCUGUUCCGAUAUUAGCCCGCAGUUGCACAAGGCUCCGAUAGGCCCUGGUCACCACGUCCACGCUCUGUUCUCCGAUGCGUGGGCCGAGAACACCGUUCUCCUGAAGCAGCUCCUACGUGUGCAGGAUGCUCUCGAUGCCGCAAAUACCGAUAUCGAUAAGCUCAUGCUGGAGAACUUAACCAUGAGCACCCAGAUGGACCGUUUUACGCGCGAUCUGGAGAUCGAACAGAUUCGUCGCGAUGAGGCUGAAUCGAUGUCCCGGGAUGCCACGGCCAAGAUGAGCUCCCAAAGGUCUACCCUCUCCUUAUUGCAAUCUGCCAACACUGCACUCCGCUUCGAGAUCGCAAACCUUAAGGCCGAGCGCGACGAAGUCGUAGCCGAGAAAAAGUCAUCUGACUUGCAGCAAGAACACGAUGAUGAAGUACAGGCGCUGCAAGGAGCGCUCGUUCGGACGAAGAGGGAGCUCGAAGGAGCCAAGAGAGAGCUCAGGAAGUCGAAGAGAGCAGCUGCAGGAAUCCCUGAAUUGAAAAUAAUAUCUCCUGACGGGAAAGUUAUCCCCCACAUUAUUACCUCGAGCAGCACUGACUCCUUGAGCGAAGAUCGAAAUAUCGCGAUGAGGGAACGCCUUACGCUCGCGUACACAGAGGUUGUCGCUCUUAGGGACCAGUGCGAAGCUUUGCGUCAUCAUGCAGACGAAAAUGCAGAGUUGCAGGAGGAUGUCAAGCAGCUUCUCGCACAGCGCUCGGGUCUCUGGGAUCAAGUUGAAGCGGCCAACAGUGCCUGCCGCAAGCUAGAGGAGGAGAACAAGAAAUACUUCCGCCAGUUUGUGGAGAUCAGAGCUGAGCUAACCAAGGUAGAGAAGAGAACUGGAAUCGCAAUUUCAGUCGAAGAAGAGGAGGAAGAGCCCGAAGUAGCAGCCCGAGCUGUUAUCGAAGUUCCACCGGCUGAUCAAGGUUGUCGUUCGGCAUUUGAUGACGACUCUGACGACGAGCCCAUUACUUCCUCGGUUUCAUGUUAUUCGAUGGCAUCCACAGAUGACUUUGACAUAUCCCUGCCCUCUGAGGUUGAUACACCUCAUACAUCAGUCCCGUCCUCCCCAUGUUCUUCACUCUCCGCACCCCCUUCUCCCUCUUUCACGAUGCCUUCUUGGGUUCCCUGUUUUGACUCGGAAUGCGCGGAUUUUGCAUUCAACAUCGUUCCGGGCUCACCCCUCGCGGAUGCGAUUUCCGCGUAUGCCAGUAUCCGCCAGUCUAUUGUUGUCAGUCAUCGUCCGUUUGUUACCCGUCGUAGUCUCGGUAUUCCCAUCGUUCGUCCUUCUUGGCCUUCCGCUAGCUCCGUUGUUUCCCCUUUCAACGAAGCAUCCCCCAAGCGGAAGUUGGCUCUGGAUCCGGACGAUGCGACGCCCAAGACUCGUCGGAAGCACGAAGAAUGUUGAUGUAUCAAGUUUGCAGUGCGUCUCGUAUGCAGAGUUCUUUCUUUCCCCGAUAUUUUCUCUCCCAAAUAUUUUAUUUUCCCUUCUUCCUUUCUUUCCUGUCUUUCUACGUUCUAUCAUUCCUACCAUUCCUUUCAUUUUGCAGUGAGUUGCAGGUUUGUGUUUUAGUUAA